AUGUCCGUGUCACCCAAUGUCCGUGUCACCCAAUGUCCGCGUCACCCAAUGUCCGCGUCACCCAAUGUCCGCGUCACCAAAUGUCCGUGUCACCCAAUGUCCGUGUCACCAAAUGUCCGUGUCACCCAACACCCAAUGUCCGUGUCACCCAAUGUCCGUAUCACCCAAUGUCCGUGUCACCCAAUGUCCGUGUCACCCAAUGUCCGUGUCACCCAAUGUCCGUAUCACCCAAUGUCCGUAUCACCCAAUGUCCGUGUCACCCAAUGUCCGUAUCACCCAAUGUCCGUAUCACCCAAUGUCCGUAUCACCCAAUGUCCGUGUCGACCAAUGUCCGUGUCACCCAAUGUCCGUGUCACCCAAUGUCCGUGUCACCCAAUGUCCGUGUCACCAAAUGUCCGUGUCACCCAAUGUCCGUGUCACCCAAUGUCCGUAUCACCCAAUGUCCGUGUCACCCAAUGUCCGUGUCACCCAAUGUCCGUGUCACCCAAUGUCCGUAUCACCCAAUGUCCGUAUCACCCAAUGUCCGUGUCACCCAAUGUCCGUAUCACCCAAUGUCCGUGUCACCCAAUGUCCGUGUCACCCAAUGUCCGUGUCACCCAAUGUCCGUAUCACCCAAUGUCCGUAUCACCCAAUGUCCGUAUCACCCAAUGUCCGUGUCACCCAAUGUCCGUAACACCCAAUGUCCGUGUCACCAAAUGUCCGUGUCACCAAAUGCCCCAAUGA